AUGAUUGUCGAAGUAGAACCAGGAGUUAAUCUCGAAGAUGACAAUGAGGUUGUGUCUUCAACACAUCGAAGUCCUGUUUGGAGUUUUUUUAAACUCUGUACUGAAGAAUACCGAAAAGCAAUAUGUAAUACUUGCUCGAAAGUAUUAAAAUUACCAACAUCUACCACGUCACCUAUGUUAAAGCAUUUAAAAUCGAAACACUCUACCUUAUAUCAGCUAUGUGAGGAAAUAGGAAAAAAACGUAAGGUUGCAGAAAAAAAUAAAAGUACUGAAAUAUCGUCAAAACGUCAAAAACUCGGGCCACCUACUAAAGCAGAGCUAGAUCAACUU